AUGGAUAUCGACGACGACGGGUUAGGACUAACUGGCGGCGAAGUCUUUGUGCCAAGUUCGCAGAGAUACGAGCCCUGCUCCGAACCGCCACGUAAAAAACGACGAACAAGGCAGAUCCUAGCUGAUUCAGAUGAUGAGAUAUCGAGCUCGCAAGCUUCAGAAACCUCUGUAACUUUGCCGACGAGUACUUCGAAGGAAUUCAUUGCGAUCGACGACGAGCUAUUAGGUCAAGAACGUUCCAAGUACGAACAUGUGCUACACAAGCCAGCAUUUGUGGAGUCGCAAAAGAAUGAGUUUGUUACCCAGAUAGAUCAACCUUGGUCCAGCCCGACGCGAAUUCGUGGACCAAGAUGGCGGAAGAAGAGCCUGACACCUUCGCCCUCACCAGAAACUGGACCAGGUAGCCAUGAAGUGGAGAGAACCACUAUAGUUGCUAACCUAGGCGAUGAUGUUCUUGUUGCUGAUGACUUCGACGAUGAUGAGAUAGAGGCUCUCAUGGCGGAUCGGGAUCUCGGUACCUCUGCCAGCAUAUCUGUAGGUUCUGGUGCAAGCGUUCCCGCCUUACAACGGCAAUCAUCCAAGAACAUGAGGCAGACUACAUUAUUUGGCUUGCACACCACACAGCGGCAAGCUCAAUCUCGACCUUCAGCUACGCAAGCCCACAACUGGCGUCUAGCUGAACGUGACGAACCACCCACCCAUCACAAGAUUGACGAAGUGGCGAUGCGAAAGUGGAUAUUCCCUCUGAAUGUUGGCACAAUACGUGACUAUCAGUACAAUAUAGUGCACAAGGCAUUAUACAACAACAUCCUAGUAGCUUUGCCUACAGGACUUGGUAAAACGUUCAUCGCAGCUUCGGUCAUGAUGAAUUGGUACAAUUGGACAAAAAGUGCACAGAUAGUGUUCAUGGCGCCUACAAAACCACUUGUUGCUCAGCAGAUAGAGGCUUGCUUCCAUAUUGCUGGUAUACCUCGGUCACAGACCACACUUAUGACCGGCGAAAUACCACCUGACGUUCGUCGCGAGGAAUGGCAAACUAAACGUGUCUUCUUCAUGACACCUCAAACCAUGAUAAAUGACCUAAAAACUGGUAUAGCAGAUCCAAAGAGAAUAGUCCUUGUGGUUGUGGAUGAGGCUCAUAAAGCUCAGGGCAAUUACGCCUAUGUUGAGAUUGUCCGAUUCUUGCACCGCUUCAAUCUUAGCUUUCGUGUCCUUGCACUGACUGCCACGCCUGGAUCUACUGUUGAGACUGUACAAAAAGUUGUUGACGGUCUUGAUAUCGCUAGAGUUGAGAUCAGGACUGAGGACUCAAUCGACAUCCAGGCGUUCGUUCAUCAGAGGAAUAUUGAAUUGGAGCUCUUCGACUAUUCCGAUGAGAUUCAAAUGUGCUUAGAUCUCUUCUCGAAGGCUGUGAAACCUGUGCUGGAUAAAUUGUGUUCUCAAAAUGCAUCAUGGAUGAAAGACCCGACAAGAAUCACCCUGUACGGGUUGAUGCAGGCCAAAAAACAAUGGUUUGCAUCUGAUGCCGGAAGAAAAGCAAGUCAAGGAGUCAAAGGCAUGGUUCUGGCAUGCUUUCAACCUUUAUUACCUCUUGCUCACAACUUGGAACUGCUCAAGUUUCAUGGCGUGGGUCCUUUCUAUCGCAAGAUGAAGGUGUUUCAAGACGAGUCGGGUAAAGGACAAGGUGCUGGCCGUGCUGGUGGGCGGCCACCAUCCGAAACCCGAAUCAUGGUCUUCGCCCACUACCGUGAAAGUGCGGAGGAGAUAUGUAGAGUGUUGAACAGACACGAACCUAUGAUUCGAGCGCAUGUCUUCGUGGGUCAGUCGAAUACCAAAGGAUCAGACGGUAUGGACCAAAAGAAGCAAACUGAGAUAAUCAAGAAGUUUAAAGCAGGAACCUACAACACCAUUGUUGCAACGUCGAUCGGUGAAGAAGGUCUUGAUAUCGGAGAGGUCGAUCUGAUUGUGUGCUACGAUUGUUCCAAAUCCCCAAUUCGCAUGCUUCAACGCAUGGGUCGAACAGGUCGAAAAAGAGCUGGUAAUAUUGUGAUGUUAUUGAUGAGAGACAAGGAAGAGGGGGAUUACUACAAGGCCAAGGACAACUAUCAGAAGAUGCAAGAGAUGAUAGAAAGUGGCAAAGAAUUUACGUUCCAUACUGACCGUUCUCCGAGGAUAGUGCCCAAAGGUAUUAACCCAUCGGUCUCGAAAGAGCAUGUGGACAUUCCUAUAGAGAAUACACAACCUGGCUCUGUUGAGUCUGUUGAGCCCAAAAGGUCGAGAGGAAAGAACAAAAAGAAACCACCGAAGAAGUUCCAUAUGCCCGACAACGUUGAAACAGGUUUCACCUUCCUCGGCACGAAGAAGAAGAAGUCGAGACUAGAGGAGGAAAAAGAAAGACUACAAGCGUCGAAGCACAAGAAGAAACGGGACCCUUCAGACGAGGACAUUGCGGUCAUGCCCGCCGACUCAGAGAUACUGCUAACGCCUGCACAAGAAGCUGAUUUAGAGGCGAGAUAUGCUACAAUACCUGGUACAGAGGAACAAUUCAUUCAAGCGAUCGACGUCAGGAACCAGCCGGAAAAACUGAGAAGACUCGACAAGACCACACUGGUCGGUCAUUCCAAAGCCACCAGAGAUGUUGUCCAGGCAUUCGGUCUGGCCAGAAAUUCGACGCAGUAUAAACAGAGACCAAUCCAGCCAGCCGAGGAAGAUUUGAGGUUGUUGUAUCGCCAAUCAGUCGCUGAGCUCCAGCAAAUCGAAGCGCCAUUCUAUGUAUCUCAGACAAACACUGUGGCCGCUGCUUCUCAAGCUGAUGCUUUGCCUGAGCUCAACAAUCUAUUUGGAUCUCCUGCCAAGACGUCGAAGGAGAAGCCGAACCAAGCUAAGAAACGUGCAAGCAAAAGAGUCAUCAGUGACGAUGACGAUGAUGGCUGA